AUGGUGCCUGGAGCCAUUUGGAAGAGUAACUGCCAGGAGUGUGUCUGUGACCCAUUCUCUGUUACUGUACAAUGUAAGUCACUUACAUGUCAGACACCCGAGACACAAGUGUGUGAGAAAGAAGGAUUUAUACCUGUCCCAGUGUUGACACCAGAAGAUCCAUGCUGUCCUGAAAUUGAAUGCAGAUGCAAUACAAGCACCUGCUCCCAGGCCAAGAAGACUUGUGAGCCAGGGUAUCAGCUAGUCACUAUCCUUUCAGAAGGAGAUUGCUGUGUCAAUUAUACAUGUGAAUCAAUACCAGAUGUCUGUGUGCUUAAUGGAACUAUUUACCAGGCUGGAACGUCUGUUCCAAUGGACCCUUGUAAGACGUGUACCUGCAGUUCUGAAGUAGAUCCGGUCUCCAACAGAAACCUUCUGCAAUGUGAGCCAGUCCACUGUGACACUACUUGCCCCCUGGGCUAUGAAUACGUGAUGAAAGAUGGAAAGUGCUGUGGAGAGUGUGUCCAGGUGGCUUGCACAAUCAAGCUGACUAACAACACUGUCCAAGUCCUCAGGCCGGGUGAUAUCUGGAAGCCUGAAGAUAAUCCGUGCAGCUUUUACAAAUGUGAAGAAGUUGAAGAUCAGCUUGUUUCAGUCACUGUUCUGAGAACAUGUCCUGCCUUUGACCCAGAGAACUGCAAGCCUGAUGAUGUACAGCUGACUGCUGAUGGCUGCUGCAAAAUCUGUACCUCUGAAUCAGCAAACUGCAAGGUUAACAAGAACUCAACUGUGAUCCGCCACAAUGAUUGUGAAUCUUCUGAGCCUAUUGAACUGACGUACUGCGAAGGUGUUUGUGCCAGCUCCUCAAUGUAUUCCUUUGAAACACAGCAGAUGCAACACAAGUGUGCCUGCUGCCAGGAACUCAACAGCCACAAGAGAAAGGUGACCCUGACAUGCAGCAAUGGAACAAGCAUGGAUUAUGACUAUGUCUAUGUGGAACAGUGCCAAUGCAUGACUGCGUGCAUUUCAGAAACCACAACCACACAACAGCUCCAACAGGAACAAGAGCAGAAAAGAACAAGAUGAUCAUAGGAAAAAAGAACCCAAGAAGUCUGAAGCAGUUAAAAUCAAAAGCAAUAUAGAUAAAAUAACCUGUGCACCAGCUCAAAACUCUGUUUCUUACUUA